AAUGUCCCCGCGCGUGCUCUCUGUCUCUCGUCAGUCUUGCUAUCGAGGGCUCGAGGGCUCAUUAGACCUUGCGUCUUGCUAUCCAGGAUUCAUGUCAGUCGAAGCAUCCUCCAGCAGAGUGACUCUGCCUGAAAAGAGCUUCCAACCUCCACUUCUCGCAAACCGACAAUGCUCAGCUUGUGGAUUCUCUUGGCCGUGGGCAAUCUUCAACACAGAUUCGAGACACAUCAACCAUCAUCUGCUUGACAAUGUCUGUGUGCGAUGUCAAAGCCCAGAGCUCGAAGGAUGGCGGUGGGAUAAGCUCAGGCACGAAAUGCGAAAAGCAGCAAAGUACCAGCGUAAAGCCAUGCGCAUGAAGAGAGCUCCUCCUGAUAAUGCUCCUCCGUCCCUGAUUGAUGCGGCUCGUCAAACAUUGAAGAAGGGCAACCAAUCGCCAGGAGGUGGGAACUUCGAGAACACGAAACGUCUCUUUGAUCGGAUGCACAAGUCCAAAGAGUCAACUUCGGGGAACAAGCAAGCCUACGUUGAUGUUCGCUCAGCUCCAUCUCAACCGCCAGAUGACCGGGGCCAGUCUCGCAAGACAUCGGAUCUGGUCUGGAGGGACCCAACAAUGCUGCCCCAGGAUCGUCGCAAGAAAAGAGGCAGACCACCGAAACAACGUCCUCUUUCCUCGGUCGCGCCCGUCCAAGCUCAAGCGGAUCCGCCCGCUCUACCUUCACCCAUCACGCCUUCGGCCGCUCCUCCCGUCACUGCGACGGGAUUUCAAAAUGGCUCAUCAUUCCCUCCUCUCCCACUGGAAUACCGAUACGACAUUCCGCAAGAUCCAGGAGUGACUGUUGUCAUGCCUCCUGCUCUCCGCGUACUGCCGGAACCCGCAAGGGCAAUGUUCUGGCUCAGGAUGCACUAUGCAGCAACGCUGAGAUCCAUCUCCACUCCUCAGAUCCACAUCUAUCACGCUUACCGAGCCGCAUUCCCUCCUCCGACAGCUACAGACAGAACGCCAACUACGCCUCAGAUCCAUGGCGCAGACCUCAUCAGACUCAUUCCCAAAGUCUUUCCCUCUUGUCGACUCAAUGCAGCUGGUUACGUGGUCGAAGGUUUGGAACUUCGAAAAACCGUGGAACCCGCUAUGGCUUCAGCUAUCUUGCUUCAGACUUCACAGUACGCUGCGGCGGAAAAUCAGAAGUCAUUGAGUCAAAUCUUGCGAGGACAACCACACCAGCAGCAGCGACAACAACAGCAGCUACAGGUACAACAGCCCAUACAACCUGCCCAAGCUGUGCCGCCUAUCCAGUACAGUGGCGUCGCCGCUCAGCCGAUGCACCCACAGCAGCAGAUUUUGAACAUCUCGCAAGCUCCAGCACAAGGGAUUCCCGCCACAGCUCAGGUCUCAGAACAAACGUACCGGCCUUACACAUCCACAGUGCCACACGCCCUAUACCACUCGCAGGCCGCCCAAGCUUCUGGUCCUCGACAACCCUCAGUGUCUGUUGUCUCGACACAACCUGAACCUGUCGCUCCUCGUCCAGCCAAGCGUAUCCGACUCGAGGCCGCUCCAUUCCCAUUACUCCAAGACGCGAAGACAUCAGCCGAGGCUAGAUCAAGGCCAAACACACCGACCUCGUCAGCCGCUGCCUUUAACCCUCCGCCACCGAGUGCUCCAAUAAUGCAGAUGGCUUCUGCUUCAACGCCACUUCAGCAGGGUACAUUGGCGCCCGGGGUCACGUCUCAAGCUACAUCUGUGCUUUCCUCAAGCACGAGUCAAAGGGCUCCCUUUCCUCCCUCAAGUGUACGGGAUCCUUCCGUGGUCAUGACUUCGCGGGAUCAACAGGGACCCCUUACGCCAAUUUUGACUGCGCGACCGACUAUGGCUGCUCCAAGUGCAUCUCAACAGUAUUCAUCUACACCGAUCACCGCAUCUCAUCGAUCCGAAGUUUCGCCCUUGUCUACGCCAAGUAGGAAACGAGUUAUCGAUCUCUCGAGGCCGCGGAGCGUACCCGCCAGUGAUCGUCCCCGAGUCGCUGCUGUCCAGCCUCAGCCACAAGCAGCGGCUCCUCAAUCCCAGGAUCAGACCUCAGGCUUAGACUCAGGCGCCACAAUCUCCACGCUGUCUGCGACCGCUGCAUCGCCAGUCCCUUCGCACAUGCCCACAACGGGCGGGUUUCAGCCCCCGCCCGCCAUGGCAUCGUUCCCACGUCAAUCCAUCGCCGUGGGCUCGUUUUCUAAUAAGCCGCAAGCUGCGGCUGAGGGAUCUGGACAAUGGUUUGAAUCACAGGGAUCUCUUCAAGCCACCGAGCUUGAUUCAGAAGAUGAAGUUGGAGCGGCACUCGGAGCAUGACAGGGCGUUAGCAUUGAUUGGAAGCCGUCCGUUGAUCAGUCCACUUGUCAUUUAAUGAAUGAUUCUUGCU